AUGUCAACGGACAGCAAUACAGCACUUUCCACACUCAAUCCGGAGCUCUACAACGACGCCACCGCAAAAGCAUGGUUCUCGUUUGGCGUGGAUGGGCUGGAAGCAAUGAAUGGGGCCUACGGCAUGGACGCCAAAGAUGAUAAGCAGUUUAUUGAUUUGGGUUGCGGUCCAGGAGAUAUCGCGCGUGACGGUCUGCUUCCACGCUGUCUGCUAUGCCGGAGGAUUGUCGCAGUAGACUUGUCCAGGGACAUGGUGGAGUUCGCCAACACGCACUAUGGCCAUCCUAAGAUCAUAUACGACGUCCUGGAUAUCGUAGCUGAUGAAGUGGCAGACUUUGCGGUUCGGUACGGCCGGUUUGAUCGCGUCUACUCAUUCUUUUGUUUCAACUGGGUGAAAGAUCAAGAGAAAGCGUUCAAGAACAUGGCUGAGCUGAUGAAGCCCGGAGCCGAACGUCUGUUGUGGUUCUUUGCAUCCAGUCCACACAUUCGAUUUCGCCAAAUGUUGGUUGAGAUGGAGCCCUGGAAGAAGUACGCGAAGGUCGCUGAAAGGUGCAUUCCUCCGACCAUCAAUAUGAAUGGGAAAGACGAAAUAGCUUCCUACAUCUCCAGUCUACUGAAAUCUGCUAACCUCACACCAUCUAUAUGCAACGUAACCCAAGAAGCACUUGUGAACUACGACAGCGCCGAAACCAUAACCUUGGAGUUGAUGGCCAUGAACCCCUUGACGAACUUGAUGACUGAAGAGGAAAAAUCAGAUCUUCUCAAGGAAGCGACCAAAGAAGCUAGCAAACUGUGGCAUGAGCAAGAAACAAAGGGACCUCCAAUAAUGUUUGACGUCGUCGCAGUGUGUGCAUUCAAGCCUGAACCAUAG